AUGUCGAGUGACGAGGAUAAACCACCUGCGCCUCCAGUGCGCCUUACCAGCAAUCGAGCAACGGACCGAGUGGAUUCUGUAUCCUCGGUUGAUAUGAGACCACUGCCCAAAGAACCCGAUGAUGGUAGUGAUAGAAAGAAGAAAACACUCAAAGCUAAAAUAAAAGGAUCAAAAAGUACUGCCCACAAUGAUAAUAAGCCAAAUAUUAGUUAUCCAACAAAUUUUGAACAUACAGUUCAUGUUGGUUUUGAUGCGGUUACAGGAGAAUUCACUGGCAUGCCAGAAGCAUGGGCGAGGUUGUUAAUGGCAUCAAAUAUCAGCAAACAAGAACAAAAGAGUAACCCUCAAGCAGUACUUGAUGUUCUUAAGUGGUAUGAUGCGUCGGCCACCCAACCACCGGUGUCCAAAUACAUGACAUCGGCACAGAUGCACACAACACAUUCAGGAUCAUCUGUGUCCCGUGUCUCAUCAAGCAGUCCGUCAUCAUCGACACCAACAGAUACUGAACAUCCGGAGCCGCCGCCCCCGCCACCUUCAAGGCCUGAUCGUACUAAGAGCAUUUACACGAAGCCCAUAGAAGAAGAAGAGGCUCCGCCCCCUCGGCCUACUCCUGCGCCUGCGACGCCCCCACACGUUUCUCAUCCGGCACUAACGACGCAUUCUAUACCGAGAGCAGAAGUGGUCCCGGCCCCAAGUCUGGAUCGCAAUAAGAAUCCGGCGCAUACGCCCCCUGCCCAUGCGCCGCCUGCCCCUCCUAAUGGUGCCCCAGCCACUGACACAGGGUAUGUCAGGAGAUCGACAGGCCAACAGCAAAGGAAAAAGAAGAUGACGGAUGAAGAGAUAUUAGAGAAAUUAAGAACAAUUGUUAGUGUUGGUGAUCCUAAUAGAAAAUAUACCAAAAUGGAAAAGAUUGGACAGGGAGCAUCUGGGACAGUGUACACGGCGAUCGAGACCUCAACGGGCAUGGAGGUCGCCAUUAAACAGAUGAACCUGAGCCAGCAACCCAAAAAGGAAUUGAUCAUCAACGAAAUUCUUGUCAUGCGGGAGAAUAAGCAUAACAAUGUCGUCAACUAUCUGGACAGUUAUCUUGUGAAUGAGGAACUAUGGGUGGUUAUGGAGUACCUAGCGGGUGGUUCUUUGACCGACGUAGUAACUGAAACGUGUAUGGACGAGGGGCAAAUAGCGGCGGUGUGUCGCGAGGUACUUCAAGCAUUGCACUUUUUGCAUACAAACCAUGUUAUCCAUCGGGAUAUCAAAUCUGAUAAUAUACUCUUGGGACUGGACGGACAAGUUAAACUCACGGACUUUGGUUUCUGCGCCCAAAUAUCUCCGGAACAAAACAAAAGAACAACGAUGGUUGGAACGCCAUAUUGGAUGGCCCCCGAAGUGGUUACGAGAAAACAGUAUGGUCCAAAGGUGGACGUGUGGUCAUUAGGUAUAAUGGCGAUCGAAAUGAUUGAAGGCGAGCCCCCAUACCUCAAUGAGAACCCGUUACGUGCGCUGUAUCUGAUAGCCACGAAUGGGAAGCCAGAUAUCAAAGACAAAGACAAAUUGAGUGCGGUCUUUCAAGACUUCCUCGACCAGUGCCUAGAAGUUGACGUUGAGAGACGCGCCACAGCUCUCGAUUUACUUAAGCACCCGUUCCUAAAAAUGGCUCGACCGCUGGCGUCCCUCACGCCGUUAAUAAUGGCGGCGAAGGAAGCGGCCAAGGGGCAUUAG